AAAUUUCUAUUAUUAUAAAAAUGAUAUGGUAUUAGAAGUUUCUCCAGAAGGAACUAGAACAAGCUAUUAUUCUUCAAUUACUUGAUUCCCCGUCUUCAAUCUGUGUUGGGUGCUUGAUACGAUCAUUAUUUGGUGCAGAAAAGAAAGAAGAUGCCGUUGCUGAGAAGAAACAAUAGGAACGUGUCCAACGGGAUGAUACCCUUGAUGCUAUUGCAGGCCGUGAACGAGUACCGGAGGCUUGAACGUAAACCCCCGGUCACGGCGGCGAUUCUUGCUGCCAACACCCUCAUUUACCUUCGACCUGCUUUCCUUCAUCAAAUCCUUCCCAAAACUGAAGACGUCUUCUUCAAUGCUCAUCUCAUCGUUAAGGAUAAGGACCUAAAGCGCUUAUUCUUGUCUGCUUUCUACCAUCUCGGUGAAACUCAUCUUGCCUACAACAUGAUUUCGCUUCUAUGGAAGGGCAUCCAGUUAGAAACUUGGCUAGGAAGUGCUGAAUUCACAUCUAUGAUUGCCACCCUACUUGGAUUGUCACAAGGCAUCACGCUCUUAUUAGCUAAAUCUCUUCUUCUUCUUUUCGAUUAUCAAACAGCUUAUUACCAUGAAUACUCUGUUGGAUUCUCGGGUGUCCUGUUUGCAAUGAAAGUCGUACUUAAUUCACAUUCAGAUGGCUACACUAAUCUCCAUGGAUUUGUGGUCCCCGCAAAGCAUGCUGCUUGGGCUGAAUUGAUUCUCAUCCAAUUGCUUGUUCCUAAUGUAUCCUUUCUAGGCCAUCUUGGUGGGAUACUCGCAGGCAUCGUUUAUCUACGUUUAAAAAAAUCCCCUUCUCCUUUGACAACAAUGGUGAAAGGGUUAACUUCUUUAGUAAGAUCUCUACAUAUGCGAAUAUGGCAGCAGUCCCCUCCACGACAAAGGCGAACAAGUGCAGUUGCAGGUGGUAUAUGGAGGUGCCGGGCUUGUACAUAUGACAACUCCGGUUGGUUAAGUGUGUGCGAAGUGUGUGGGACAUGGCGUGGUGUUGAUGGAUUAUCUUCUGCGCAGUUGUCAAAUUCAGAGAUGAUUUUUUUAGAUGAACUACGACACCGAAGGAUUCAGAGAAACAGGAGAAAGGUGGAGGGUAUAGCUGUCGAAAAAUCUGUAAGCUUCGCUAAUGAUGGCAGGAAAUUGGAGACACCCAUGGGGAAGUCAGACUCCAUAAAAGAACCCGAGGUAUCUGAAUGGAGCAGCCUACAAAAAAGAAAAACUUCAGGCUAUCAUGUUUACAAUUGGAUUGCUGUUUGCUUCACAUUUACAACAAUAAAUAGGAGAAUGGUGGUGGGUAAAGCUGUCAAAAAAUCUGUAAUCUUCGCUAAUGAUGGUGGGAAAUUGGAGAUACCCAUGGGGAAGUUAGACUCUAUAAAAGAACCUGAUGGGUAUCUGAAUGGAGUAGCCUACAAAAAAGGAAAAACUUAA